GCGGCGCGCUGGUUCCUUCCAGACUUCCCGUCAGCUCCUCUGGCUGCAGUUGGCAGGGCGGGUUCAGGGUAAACCGCCUAAGCCAGAGGCCAGUGCGUGUGUCGAAGAGGAGGCACCCUUAGCGUGGUCGCCUGGAAGAGCGCUGAAGGAGGAAGCGACGUAUCUAAGGAUUCCGCCGUGGGAAUGAUCCACGAACUGCUUCUGGCUCUGAGCGGGUACCCAGGAUCCAUAUUCACCUGGAACAAGAGGAGUGGCUUGCAGGUGUCGCAGGACUUUCCAUUUCUCCACCCCAGUGAGACCAGUGUCUUAAAUCGACUCUGCCGGCUUGGCACAGACUAUAUUCGCUUUACUGAGUUCAUUGAACAGUACACAGGCCAUGUGCAGCAACAGGACCACCACCCAUCUCAGCAGGGACCAGGUGGGCUACAUGGAAUCUAUCUGAGGGCCUUCUGCACAGGGCUGGAUUCAGUUCUGCAGCCUUAUCGCCAAGCACUGCUUGAUUUGGAACAAGAGUUCCUGGCUGAUCCGCAUCUCUCCAUAUCACAUGUCAAUUACUCCUUAGAUCAGUUCCAACUCCUUUUUCCCUCUGUGAUGGUUGUAGUAGAGCAAAUUAAAAGUCAAAAGAUUCAUGGUUGUCAAAUCCUAGAAACAGUCUACAAACACAGCUGUGGAGGGUUACCUCCUGUUCGAAGUGCACUAGAAAAAAUCCUGGCUGUGUGUCAUGGGGUCAUGUAUAAACAGCUCUCAGCGUGGAUGCUACAUGGACUCCUACUGGACCAGCAUGAAGAGUUCUUUAUCAAACAGGGUCCAUCUUCUGGUAAUACAAAUGCCCAGUCAGAAGAGGAUGAGGAGGAUCUGGGCAUUGGGGGAUUGACAGGAAAACAACUGAGAGAACUCCAGGACUUGCGCCUGAUUGAGGAAGAGAACAUGCUGGCACCAUCUCUCAAGCAGUUUUCCCUACGGGUAGAGAUUUUGCCAUCCUACAUUCCAGUGAGGGUUGCUGAAAAAAUCCUCUUUGUUGGAGAAUCUGUCCAGAUGUUUGAGAAUCAAAAUGUGAACCUGACUAGAAAAGGAUCCAUUUUGAAAAACCAGGAGGACACUUUUGCUGCAGAGCUGCAUCGACUCAAACAGCAGCCACUUUUCAGUUUGGUGGAUUUUGAGCAGGUGGUGGAUCGUAUUCGCAGUACUGUGGCUGAGCAUCUCUGGAAGCUGAUGGUAGAGGAGUCAGAUCUGCUGGGUCAGCUGAAGAUCAUUAAAGACUUUUACCUUCUGGGACGAGGAGAACUCUUUCAGGCCUUCAUUGACACAGCUCAACACAUGUUAAAAACACCACCCACUGCAGUAACCGAGCAUGAUGUGAAUGUGGCCUUUCAACAGUCAGCACACAAGGUAUUGUUGGAUGAUGACAACCUUCUUCCUCUGUUGCACUUGACAAUUGAGUAUCAUGGAAAGGAGCACAAAGCAGAUGCUACUCAGGCAAGAGAAGCGCCUUCUCGGGAAACUUCCCCCCGGGAAGCCCCUGCAUCUGGCUGGGCGGCCCUUGGUCUUUCCUACAAAGUACAAUGGCCUCUACACAUUCUCUUCACCCCAGCUGUCCUGGAAAAGUACAAUGUUGUUUUUAAGUAUUUACUGAGUGUGCGCCGGGUCCAAGCUGAACUGCAGCACUGCUGGGCCCUACAAAUGCAGCGUAAACACCUCAAGUCCAACCAGACUGAUGCAGUCAAGUGGCGCCUAAGAAACCACAUGGCCUUCUUGGUAGAUAAUCUUCAAUACUAUCUCCAGGUAGAUGUGCUGGAGUCUCAGUUCUCACAGCUGCUUCAUCAAAUCAAUUCUACUAGAGACUUUGAAAGCAUCCGAUUGGCUCACGACCACUUCCUAAGCAAUUUGCUGGCUCAGUCCUUUAUCUUAUUGAAACCUGUGUUUCACUGCCUGAAUGAAAUCUUAGAUCUCUGUCACAGUUUUUGUUCACUGGUCAGUCAGAACCUGGGCCCUCUAGAUGAGCGUGGAGCUGCCCAGCUGAGCAUUCUCGUGAAGGGCUUUAGCCGCCAGUCUUCACUUCUAUUCAAGAUUCUCUCCAGUGUCCGGAAUCAUCAGAUCAACUCAGAUUUGGCUCAACUACUGUUACGACUAGAUUAUAACAAAUACUACACUCAGGCUGGCGGAACUCUGGGCAGUUUCGGGAUGUGAAAACUACUGGUUCAUAAACCGAAAUAACAGUUAUUCUCACCACAUUCUCAAGUCUGUUACCGAAGAUUCAACCUAUUUUCUAGCCAUUCACCAAAUAUCUGCAGCCUAGUAAGAGGGCUUUACCUUUUCUCUUCCCAUCAUUCUCAUUUGGAAUGUGACUGCCCACACCAAGGAGAACCUGUGGAGUCAGCUGUCCCUCUGCAACCAUACAAGGCUCCCAUCCUUUACACUAAGAGCAUCUGCUAGGCAUGUUCAUUAUUUAUUCAUCAGUUUUUUUUAUGGGGCAUUUACCAUGUGCCUAGGUUCUAUUCAAGGUGUGGGAAAUACAGUAGUAAAUGCAAAGAUCAGAAGUUUCUUUGUGUGUGGGGGGGAAGGGGGGAUUAUAUGUAAAAAAGGAAUGUUUACAAAUAAAUCAACUGAUGGAUGUUACCAGCAAGUAAGAAAUACAAAGGUGAGAAAGACUUUCCUUCUCCCUGUAUCAAGUAACAUGCCUACACAGAUUCUUUCCUCCUUUAAAUUUAUGAGCCUUCCAGCCUUAAGGAUCUUCAAACCUGUGAAUCUUAAGAAUUUUGCAAGUUCCAAUUCAUAUGGACAGGUAAAAGGGCAAUUCUAGCUAGUAACAAUAUAUUUAAAGUAUUUUUCCACCAAUGAAAAAGAUCUUUUAAGAGAGAAUCGGGGUCAAGUUGUUACUGGAAAUUAUGGCCAGUUAUUCUACCUUGUAACAAGUGACAGGAAUUAAAGUUCCCCUGAUAUGACCCAAUCAUCAUGGAUAAUCAUUAAUAUUGGUAUCAGUGUGAAUAAAGUAAAUAUUCACUUAACAUCUCCCUCCAAAAUGGGAAAAAGUGUGGUGUUCUGGUCUCAUUUGCAGAACUGAAUCUGG